AACUACUACAAUUCAUAAUUCCAUUUUGUUUCCUCUUUACCAUUCCUGUUUCAUUUUCUGACAUAUAUCUUCGAAUUACAACUGUCACUGUCAUUUGUCACUCUGCCUUAAAAAAAAGUAAACUAUUUGGAAAAGAUGUCUUCAAAUCCAGCAUCACCAACGGGUGGCGUGACGCCCAUGAACAUAGCCGGCCGUAUGGUCCGAGAACGCGAACGUCUGGCUGGUAUGACAGACGAAGAGCGUGCCUGGCGUAAACAAUGGGUAAAGGAUCAAGAACUAAGCCACCAUGAACCACGAAGAGUGCCAGCUCUCGAUGCAGAAUUCCAAAAUCCAAUCCGACGAUUCUAUCGUGCUCCUUUGGAUAAAUUGUGUGAUGCUCUGACACCGACAAUGGGCUUUCAAAAAGCAUUCGCUGUGCGUUUUUGGAUUGGAAAAGGACUCUUGGCAUUGACUGGACUCUAUGCUGGAGCAUAUUACUUCAAAUAUAACCAAAAUGAUUGGACCAAGAAAGGAGGCUGGCGAGUAAUUCGCAAUCGUAACGCAGUCAAUCCAGGAGAUGCCCAAUUCCCCAAACUCUCGGAUCGUUCAAACCCAGAGGACUAUGCUGCCCGUGGAUUUAAACAAUCAGCUAUUUAAGAGAACAUACCAAACCCAACAAAAAUGCUAAAACAACAAAAAAGGAGUAAAAGCUGGAUGUGCAAGUGCCAGUGUCAGUGCCAGUAAAAUGUGUUUUAAGAUUGUCUCUAUAAUUUUGAUACAUUCUCUGGUAAAAAUAAACAAAAAGAACGUCUCCUAUCAUCGCUCUCGUAGACACUAAGGAAAGGUCGGUUAAAUAA